CUACUUUUCGUUGCGGUGCGCAGGCUUCUCAUUGCGGUGGCUUCUUGUUGUAGAGCACAGGUUUUAGGUGCGUGGGCUCCGGUAGUUGUGGCAUGUGGGCUCAGUAGUUGUGGCUCACAGGCUCUAGAGUGCAGGCUCAGUUGUGGCACACGGGCUUAGUUGCUACGCGAUAUGUGGUAUCUUCCUGGCCCAGGGCUCAAACCCAUGUCCCCCGUGUUAGCAGGUGGAUUCUUUUUUUUUUUUUUAAACCCCUUUCCAGACAGGAUAUGAGGCAACUGAUCAUAACACUGUACUUUCUGUGUUAAUUUAUUUAUAACAUUGAAACUAAAGAUGAAGUAACUUUAAUAUAUUCUAAAUAUUACAUCUUGAGAAGUCUUCACAGUGCCUUUUAUGUUAAAGGUGCACAAUAUAUGUUUUUUAUAUAAAUAAAUGAAUGAAGUCAAACAACAUGACCAAUCUCAGUGAACUCUGUAACUCCACAGUUAUGUUAUGUAACUAUUAGAGUUACUACAUUGUGGAGGCAGGUGGAUUCUUAAUCGUUGCACCACCAGAGAAGUCCAAGUAUAUAGUCUUAAUACUACCUUAAAAAUGUUUUUCAUGUAAAGUGAUAACAGAUACAGAAAACAUAAAACAUAAUUGUCAAAUGCACAAAACGUAAAUGUCAGCUCUGUGAAUUGACAAAGCCAACACUUGUGGACUCACACUCAGCUCAAGAAAUAGAAUAUUGCCAGCACCUCAGAAACUUCUCUUAUUCCCCCUCUCUUCUUCCCCAAAGUGGGAACCCCUGAAGCCACUGAUGGAAGCCACAUUACCCGGGCAUCGGACCAUGAACCCCUGUCCUGUGUGGGAGCAGAAGAGUGGCCGUGUGUACCUAUUCUUCAUCUGUGUGCGGGGCCAUGUCACUGAGCGUCAACAGAUUGUGUCAGGCAGGAAUGCUGCCCGCCUCUGCUUCAUCUGCAGUCAGGAUGCUGGCUAUUCAUGGAGUGAGGUGAGGGACCUGACCGAGGAGGUCAUUGGCCCAGAGGUGAAGCAUUGGGCCACGUUUGCUGUGGGCCCAGGUCAUGGCAUCCAGCUGCAGUCGGGGAGGCUGAUCAUCCCUGCAUACGCCUACUACAUCCCUUACCGGUUCUUUUGCUUUCGGCUACCAUAUAAAGCCAGGCCUCAUUCCCUGAUGAUCUAUAGUGAUGAUCUAGGAGCCACAUGGCACCAUGGCAGGCUUAUUAAGCCCAUGGUGACAGCGGAGUGCGAAGUGGCAGAGGUAACUGGGAAGGCUGGCCAUGCUGUGCUGUAUUGCAGUGCCCGGACACCAAACAGGUGCCGGGCGGAGGCUCUCAGCACCGACCAUGGUGAAUGCUUUCAGAAACCAGCUCUGAGCCCACAGCUCUGUGAGCCCCCUCGUGGCUGCCAAGGCAGUGUGGUGAGUUUCCGGUCCCUGGAGAUCCCAAAUGGUUGCCAGCACCCGGCUGGCAAAGAUGCUCCUACCAUUCAGCAGAGCCAUCAGCUGGACAGCUCACUGAGGCUAGAGCCAGAAGCUAGAACCCUGUCAGAAUCAUGGCUCUUGUACUCACACCCAACCAGUAAGAAACGGAGGGUCGACCUAGGCAUCUACCUCAACCAGAGCCCGUUGGAGGCUGCCUGCUGGUCCCGCCCCUGGAUCUUGCACUGCGGGCCCUGUGGCUACUCUGAUUUGGCUGCUCUGGAGGAGGGCUUGUUUGGGUGUUUGUUUGAAUGUGGGACCAAGCGGGAGUGUGAGCAGAUUGCCUUCCGCCUGUUUACAGACCGAGAGAUCCUGAGCCACGUGCAAGGGGACUGCACCAGCCCCGAGGAACUCUGA